AUGGAUCCUUGGGACGGGACUCGACACACACACACACACACACACACAGCCCAGCAGUAGCGUUCACCGUCUGUCGCCAGCGUGUGCAUGUGAGCAGAUUCUUGCCCUUUUUACCAGGGAUCUACGGCCACACGGACGUCAAAAUGUGUGGCUGAAGAACACAACUCGGGAUUACAGCUGUCUAAAUCCCUUAUUUUGUCCUUCUGUGACUGUCCAAACUGAGGAUUUGCUCCGGCCAGCGCAGCGAUCAUGUCGGGGAAAAUAGAAAGCAAGCACGAAUCCCAGAAGUCUCACCUCUCCUCUUUCACAAUGAAAUUGAUGAAAUUUCAUUCCCCGAAGAUUAAACGAACUCCAUCUAAGAAGAGCAGACAGCUUCAGCCAGAGCCUACAGUGACGACUCCAGAGAAACCUGUUAACAAGAAGGUGAGUCGGUUAGAGGAACAGGAAAAGGAGGUGGUGAGUGCUCUACGUUACUUUAAGACGAUUGUGGACAAGAUGAACGUAGACGCGAAGGUUUUGCAGAUGCUUCCUGGUUCGGCUAGUAAAGUAUUGGAGGCCAUAUUGCCGGUGAUGCAUGUAGAGGCUCGAAUACAGCACAGUUCGGCAGUGUCCUCCUGUCAUAACCGCGUCUAUCAGAGUUUGGCGAAUCUCAUUCGCUGGUCCGACCGGGUGAUGCUGGAGGGCAUCGACCUCGACGACAAGGACACUGUGGCAACUGUCACCACGGUGAUCAAAGCUGUGCUGGAUGGUGUGAAGGAGCUAGUGAAACUCACUAUAGAGAAACAGGAGCAACCAUCACCGACAUCCCCCAGCAAACCAGCACUUCCUCUGUCCAAAACAGAGAGUGUGUGUGAAAAUCCUCUAACCGAGCGAGAGAAGGCGAUCCUGAGUAAGACCACGCCCAUUGUCCCGCCCACUGCCAGCUUGACUGACAUGUCAGAGGAAGAGGUUGCUCCGCCCAAACCUCCUCUACCUGAAGUUAAACUGGCAGAGCACAGGAAAAGGAUGCAGUUGUGCUCCGAUCCUGUUGCCGGGCAGCGGAGGGCCACGACGAUGGAAACCCCGCCCGCUCUGCCUCCCAAGAAGCGACAGUCGGCCGCCUCCCCCACACGUGUUGCUGUGGUAGCGCCGAUGAGUCGAGUCCCAUGUGGUCCCAACCUGCCUCCUGGAGCUCUGAGACAGCAGCAGGAGUUUGACGUGGAUCUCCUCCAGAGGCGUUUCUCCGGUGGGAGCCAGUCAUAUGACGGAGAUUCGCCUCGUCUUUCUCCCUGCAACAGUAUGGGAAAACUCAGUAAGUCCGUCGAGCAGCUCUCAUCUCUGGAGCGAGACAGUGGCCAGUGCUCGCGCAACACUAGCUGUGAAACACUAGAGGGAUACGAUCCAGAUUAUGACUUCCUGCAUCAGGAUCUAUCCGAUUCCGAGCCUUUACCGUUUCCGACAGGCACUGGUAGCAGUCUGAGCCCUCUCCCAGAAUGCCACGGGGAGUCUCCGUCGUUAAGCCCCGCCCAUGUCCCCGCCCACCCACGUUUCAGCGCUCCCGUCACCAAUCAGGCUUCCCCGGAGUACUGGACUCCGCCCCCCACACCUGGACCGACCAAUAGCGUGCUUCCUCCCGCCCUCCCACAGAAGCAGCGGCGGUCUGCGCCGAUUAUAUCGGCGUACCCUCUUUACGAGCGCCUCCCAUCGCACUACGAGAACCUGUCAGAAGAGGAGCAGGCCACUCCGCCGUUCCCGCUGCUGCCGCAGGUCAACGGAGACGACCUCUCACACUGCACGGACACUGACAGUCCUCCGCCGCUGCCAGAGAAGAAGGGCAAACAGAUCCUCCAGUACAUGCAGUUUGUGGAGGAUUACUCUGAACCGCAGCCGUCCGUCUUCUACCAGAUGCCUCAGAACGAGAGUAUUUACGAGCAGCGGAGGAACAAGCGCUUUCAGGAGGUUUACGGCGUCAACGAUUCCUACAGCAGCUCCGACUCCGUCCACGAAGCCGUCCCUCCGCCAGCGCUGCCUCCCAAACAGAGACAGCUGGCCUCCUACACUUCUCCUCCUCCUCCUCCUCCUCCUUCGUCCUCCUCUUCCUCUUUUUCAAUUCCCCCUCCUCCUGCUGGGCUUCUGGAGGAGGCGGAGCCUGCUCUUGGUCUCAGCCUAUCAGUGUCUAACUCCUUCCUCAGUGGCCACGCCUCUUUGACCACACCUGUGAGUUCUGACCUGGUUGGUUUGACCAGUGCCGGCAGAGCUCUAGACGGUGGGGGUGUCUCUAACGGGUCCUUGACCAGCUCUCCGGUCUCUCUGGCCGUCUGUCCUCCGUCUGAGUCUUCUCUUUCUGAUUCACUUCUUACCUCUGCGAGUGAAAGUGUUGAUGAAGGCGGUGAGGGAGAGUAUGUGAACCUUUACUCCUCCACACAGGCUAAUGGAGAAAACACACACCGCGCUGACCCCUCAUCAUGUGAAGAUGAGCUUCAGGACCACACCCCUCACAUACCCACCUCCAACAGCAAAGAAGCCUUGUCUAAGGACAGGCCGAAGGAACCCAGUCAUGGUCAGAUCAAUGAUGUUGAUGAACUGUCCCUCAUUGAUCAUAAUGAGAUUAUGAACCGUAUCGCACUCAAAGCAGAGAAUGAUGAUGGUCCUGAUGUGAGAGCCGGCUCUGGUGAUAUACUGUUAGUUCACGCUACAGAAACAGACCGCAAAGAUUUGGUGCUUUACUGCGAGGCUUUUCUCACCACCUACAGAACCUUCAUAUCGCCCGAAGACCUGAUUAAAAAACUACACUACAGAUAUACUCGCUUCUGUCACAGUCCGGACACCUUUAGGAAGCGUGUCAGUAAAAACACCUUCUUUGUGCUGGUGAGAGUCGUGGAUGAACUCUGUCUGGUGGAGCUGACCGAGGACAUCCUGAGGCAGUUGAUGGAUCUGGUCUUCCGGCUGGUCUGUAACGGAGAGCUGAGUCUGGCGAGGGUCCUGCGAAAGAACAUCCUCGAUAAAGUGGAACAGAAGAGGCUCCUGCGACACAUGCACAUGCUCAAACCUCUCGCCGCGCGGGGCGUCUCUGCCAGGCCCGGCACGCUGCAUGAUUUCCGCAGUCAUGAGGUCGCUGAUCAGCUGACGUUGCUGGACGCAGAACUGUUUUACAAGAUUGAGAUUCCUGAGGUGCUGCUUUGGGCGAAGGAACAGAAUGAAGAGAAAAGUCCAAAUCUGACCCAGUUUACAGAGCACUUUAACAACAUGAGCUACUGGGUGCGCUCUAUCAUCAUCCAGCAGGAGAAAGCUCAGGACAGAGAGAAACUGCUGCUCAAAUUCAUCAAAAUCAUGAAGCACUUGAGGAAACUGAAUAACUUCAACUCUUAUUUGGCGAUUCUCUCGGCGCUGGACUCUGCACCAAUCAGGCGACUGGAAUGGCAGAAACAGACGUCUGAGGGUUUGGAGGAGUACUGCACCUUGAUUGACAGCUCGUCGUCCUUCAGAGCGUAUAGAGCGGCGCUAGCAGACGUGGAGCCUCCAUGCAUACCAUACCUGGGUUUGAUCCUACAGGACUUGACAUUCGUUCACCUCGGAAACCCGGAUUUUAUUGAUGGUAAAGUGAAUUUCUCCAAGCGCUGGCAGCAGUUCAACAUUCUGGACAGCAUGAGACGCUUCCAGCAAGUACACUACGAACUGAAACGGAACGAAGACAUCGUCUCGUUCUUCAACGACUUUAGCGAUCACCUGGCAGAGGAGGCAUUAUGGGAGCUCUCGCUCAAGAUCAAACCACGAAACAUCUCGCGGCGCAGGACAGAGCGCGAGGAGAAGACCUAGAACCUAAAAUCUAGAACCUCAGAGACAGUUUACGGUGAGACCUGAACCUCCUGCAGAACCUUGGGAACCCACACUAGAGUUCGUAAUCCGGUUCUGGAGCUGAUAUGGGCUGAACCGACACACGCAGGCUCCUAUUUGCACCAAUAAAUUGAGACAUGGGCAGUAUUUUUCCCUGACUGUUGACUUUAAAACCUCAGGAGGGGAAUCCUGAUUCAGUAUAGAUAUUCAGAUAUGCAAUCGCGCGCACACAGAGGACCCCAACGCUGUGAUAUAAAGCUAAAUCCUCACAACUUUCUAUGUUUGCGUGUACUGAUGUGUGGCUGUACAGAAAGACACACUCUAAGAGGGCUUGGUUGAUUUGAUAAUAAUACACUGUGCCUGAUGUAGUGAGUUUGUGUUUGUUUGUCCCGCUCAGACGUACCGUUUUGACCUCCCAAAGGUCUAUUGAUUCAACCUACGAUUCACCCGUUUGGAAAUGGGUCGCUUGGGAAACAGGCAGACAUGUGUGCAAUCUUAUAAGCGUUUUAUAAGGAAUAGUCACUGGUCUGUUGAAAUGAAUAUGUUUUGACAGACGUGUUGAGUAAUGGACUAUAUUAUUAGAAAAUUAAAGAACAAACUGGACGUUUGGACUCAUUUUUCACAUCGUCUUGCUAUAUUGUUUUGUGUGUGAUCAUGUGCAUCCCUCAUUAUAACUGUUUACGCUGUCACAUGGUCCUCAAAUUCCAAAAAAUCGUCAAGAACGUGCUUUUUUUACCUUAAAAAAAAAAUAAAAUUUACAUUGUGACAUUAUUUUCAUGACUAUUUCUUUUCAUGCACAUUUACUUCCCAAUUAUCAGUAGCUUGCAAAAUGCAAAUAAAUAAAUGAUUGCAUAAAGAAAUUCAAAAAUGCAUGAAUAUAAAAAUAUUAAUGUUAAUUUGAACUCAAUUUAAUUAGUAAAAUCAGUAAAAAGUAAUGUGCAUUUGUAAGGCACAAACAUAAUUGUAGUAUUUGUUGUACUGUGAAUUAAAUUAAUCCUAAUUUAAAGGGGGAAAAUGGUUCACAUUCAUAAAAAAAAAAAAAAAAAAAUUAAAAAGAAAUUGUAAUUGUCCAUAUAGCAUUUAUGAAUUUUUUUUCACAAGUUUACAUGAAAAUAUUUUUUUAAAGAUUCAAACAGAAAAUCAUUAAAUUAUUCAAUACAUAAAAAAGAUUUACAAAUCACAAAGAAAAGUGUUCAUGCUUUAUAAAUAAGGUUGGAUAUAUAUACAUAUAUAUAUAUAGGUCAAAGAUGAAAAAAAGCAUAAAACAAUGUGUAAUACUGGUAUGAAUAGUUGUUAUUUUUCCUAAAUUUUUCCCUAAAGUUUUCUGUUGAAUUUAAUUGCAGCUUUGUUUUUGUUUGUCAGAGGAAAAUAUAAAUAUCAAAAAUUUUUCCUUAUUUACAGAAGACAACCACUAAAAUGUCAUUCAGUGUAACAAUCUUGUCAGGCAUAUUUAAAACAAAAAUUUAAUCAAUUUAUGACAUAAUAAAAGACUUUCUCCCCAAAUACUAAUUAGGUGUAUUUUUACAUUUUUUUUUUAUUUGCCAUUAUUCUUGGUUUCGUUCAUUUUUUUUUUUUCAUUUAAAACAAUCAAAUUUAAUAUGCUCCCUUAUUAUUUUUGUAUCUUUUACCAGUCAGAAUAAGCAUUUUUUUUUUUUUUUUUACAGAAAUGUUGUUAUGCUGAAUGACAAUAUAUAAAAUUUUCAACCAAAUUUUGACCCUUUAUUCUCUAAACUUAUUUGAAAUCUUAAAAGUAGACACUUAUAUUUAAUGUGCUUUCUAUGGAUAUUAAAUCACUUUUGUUUAUUUCUUUUGAUGCGGACAUCAUAAUAUCUUGUAUAUAAUCUCAAGCUUAAUUGUCAUGAAUAGUGUCAUAAUGCAAAAAAUGAAAUAAAAAAUAAUCGUAAUGGCUUUUUUCUUCAUCCAAAUCUAAUUUAUAUAUUUUUAAGAUCUUUUGUUUAUUGCAAAAAAUGACCUUACCAUUUACCGAAGCAGACUGUGAUGUCACAGAGAGGGGCGGGGCUCAGUUUGACAGCGUGCUGGUGGAUGUUUUUUUGUUUUUUUUGGGAUGUGUAUGAUAUGUUCUGUAUAAAUGUACAUGUACAGGUGUGAUGUAUAAUCUCCCAUCAUGUAGAAAGAGCAGAGGACAUAUAUUUUCAAACCAAACGAGUCAUGCACUAAAAUGACAUUAUGAGGCAAAAAAAAAAACUAAAAACAUGAGGACUGAAUAUGCUGUGAUCUCUGAGCAUCAGAGAGAGAGAGAGAGAGAGAGAGAGAGAGAGAGUGUGUGUGUGUGUGUGUGUGAGAGAGAGAGAGAGAGAGAGUGUGUGUGUGUGUGUGUGUGUGUGUGAGAGAGAGAGAAUAUGUUUUUUCUACAGAACGUCAUUAUUCACAUAUUGGAGAAGGGAAGCUGAAGCCACUUUCUUCAGUGUGUGUGUGUGUGUGUGUGUGUGUGUGGCGUCUGUGAUGUUUACCUACUUCUGGGAAUUUUUUCCUGUUAUAGCUAUGAAAUCCUGUAUAUUCAACCAACAAUAAAACUGCUCUUUGUA